AUGACCGCAGCAUUUCAACUUCAUCACUCUUUGGCACGCAACGCGAGAGCGCAUACAGCGCAUGCCGUGUCGCUGGAUGAAGCAAAGAAAGGAAGUGAGGCCCUUGCCGCCUAUGACAAAGCCGCUGAACUUUUGACAUCAUACCUCCAUUCAUUUUCGCCUGGAGCUCUGGCGUUUUCAAAACUGGCUCCCGCAGAGCAACGCUUGGUUGCGCAAACCAAAGCCUCCCUGUCGAAGCAUUUGCAAAGCGUCGAGGACCGAAGAAGUGUUCUGCGCAGCAGUAGCGGGGCAGUCGCGGGUUCUUCAUCCGCCCGACCAUCGACUGUUGAUCGCAAUGACCCACUCGUCAAGGCGAUUGAAUCAGAAAUCCUCGAUAGCGGCACAAAAGUGCAAUGGGACGAUAUUUACGGACUGGAAGACGCGAAAAAGGCUUUGCACGAGAUGGUCGUCCUUCCAACUUUAAGACCGGACUUGUACAGCGGUCUACGUGCACCCGGGAAAGGAAUUCUUCUUUUCGGACCGCCUGGGACUGGCAAAACACUAAUCGCAAAAGCGGUCGCCACCAACGCAAACGCCACCUUCUUCUCUAUUUCUGCUUCAAGCCUGAACAGUAAGUUUCACGGAGAAUCCGAAAAACUGGUCAGAACGUUAUUUCAAGUGGCAAGACACAAACAGCCUUCUUUUGUGUUCAUCGAUGAGGUAGAUUCAAUCCUCGGAGCGCGCUCGGAAAACGAACAUGAAGCUUCGCGGCGACUGAAGACGGAGUUUAUGGCGCAAUUCGAUGGUGCUAUGGGCGGUUCUACGGAGGACAAAGUUUACGUCAUGGCAGCGUCAAACCGCCCCCAGGACUUAGAUGAUGCUGUUCGAAGACGGCUCGAUCGAAGAAUUUAUGUACCACUACCAGACGUAAGUGGCCGCAAGGAAUUUCUGAGCAAGGUCACAACAAGAAAUCGGGAUGUACGGUGGAAUUUAUCGGCGGCCAACCUUGAAGCUAUCGCUCGAAAAACAACAAAUUUCUCCGGGUCAGACAUGAAGGCACUGUGUAGAGAAGCUUCUUUGAUGCCACUGCGAGAGUUAGGAUCACGCGUGUCGAACAUAAAGGUUAACGAGGUCCGAGCUUGCGGCGUGAAUGAUUUCGAACAAGCUCUCCGCAUCGUGCGACCUUCAAGCAACAAGUCACAGAUUCAGGAAUUGGAAGCGUGGAAUACGCAGUUUGGCUCUCAAAGCAAGAAACCCAUUGUCAAAGCCCAGAAGCCCCAGGCGCAAUCUUCUGCGCGCACGCAGGACCUGGCGUCAGGAGGUUCAUCUACGGUGGUUCGCAGUUCAACUGCGGUCACAAAACGACAGCCAAGCUACACAAUUAAGCGCUCCACGACUUCUACAUCAGAUAUGUUGAGUAUGCUACUAUUUGGUGGGAAACGUAGGUAACAAUAAACAGUUAACAUGUCGGGAUACUUA